AUGGCAGACAUGGAGAAGUGGACUGGAGACUGGACAAAUCAAACAUCCAUCACAGAAUUCAUCCUGCUGGGAUUCGGGGAUCUCCCUGAACUGCAGACCCCGCUCUUCCUGAUGUUCCUGGUGAUCUACGUUGUGACCGUGGCAGGGAACAUCCUCAUCGUUGUGCUAGUUGUGGCUGAUCAACAUCUUCACACGCCCAUGUACUUCUUCCUGGGGAACUUGUCCUGCUUGGAGACCUGCUACAGCUCCACCAUCCUGCCCAGGAUGCUGGCCAGUCUCCUGACUGGGGACAGGACCAUUUCUGUCCCUGGCUGUGUAGCACAACUUGAUUUCUUUGGUUCCCUGGUAGCUGUAGAAUGUUGUCUCUUAUCAGCGAUGUCUUAUGAUCGGUAUUUAGCGAUAUGCAAACCACUGCAUUAUGCAGCCCUUAUGAAUGGCAGUGUCUGCUUCCGCCUGGCAGCUGGGUCUUGGGUAAGUGGGUUUGUGGCCUGCACCGUCACGGCAUGUUGGAUAUCACAAAUGACUUUUUGUGGCCCCGAUGAAAUUGACCAUUUCUUUUGUGAUUACGCCCCGUUAGUAAAACUGUCCUGCAGUGACACGCACCCGAUGGUUCUUGUGACCUUCCUGUUCUCCUCCAUAUUAACACUGCCUCCCUUCCUAUUAACCCUGGCAUCCUAUGUGUGCAUCAUCGCCACCAUCCACAGAAUCCCUUCCACCGCUGGGAGGCAAAGGGCCUUUUCCACCUGCUCCUCCCACCUCAUUGUGGUUACACUCUACUAUGGGACCCUGAUCUUUGUCUAUCUGCUGCCAGACACCGGCACACUGAGAGACCUGCACAAAGCGCUCUCUCUCUUCUACACCAUCCUGACUCCCCUGGCCAACCCGCUCAUCUACAGCCUGAGAAACAGAGAGGUGAAGGAGGCCCUGAGGAAAGCUGCUAGUGAGGCUGUGAAUUUCAGAACAAAUAGCAAACUAUUUUGUGUGUAGUUAUUGUACAUUGCAAUCAAGUCAAGCUAAUGGGAACUCAUCUCCUGGUGUGAUGCUCUGAACCACAGCUCGUCCAGGCAGCCCUUACCCACUAGAUCAGUUCUGUUAAAUACCGGGACACCUGCUGUCAGGAAGAGCUACCUGUACGAGUAAGGGGAGCCGGGCCAAGCAAGCCCUGACUCAGGGAUGGAUGGACCCUAGAUCUGCCUGGGGAAAUGGAGCCAAUGGAGCAGAACCCAUCCAGUUCCUACUGAACUCAACUGCAUUUAUAACCCAUGGACAUCAAUGGAAGAAGCAGGGGGUUGGAAAUGGUGAAUUUCCUCACAGGG